AUGGAAAAGUUAACAAGACUUCAGGAUAUGUACCACCAUAUGGUUAAAAAUUAUAAAGAAAUGGAUGAAAUGGAAUCUCCAACUUCUACACAAGAAAAUGGUAAUGUGUUAUUUAUAUUCUUAUUUUUAGGUUCAUCAAAUUUGAUGGACACCUUGGAGGACCUGCCUUCCGGGAUUGGUCAAUAUGAGGAUUUCCAUACAAUUGAUUGGUUGAGAGAUAUUGCUAGAGAUCGUAUGAGACAUCGUCACAUCACCAAAAAAAGACAAGAAGGAUGCUGGGAAAAGGUUUUAAGUGCACAUGAUGCAUGGUCAGGAUGGGUGUGUGUCUUGUUGGUUGGUGUUGCUGCUGGCCUCUGUGCUGGUGUUAUAGACAUUGGAGCCACAUGGAUGUCAGAUCUUAAAGAAGGCAUAUGUAAAGAAGCCUUCUGGUUAAAUAAAGAACAAUGCUGCUGGUCAGCCAAUGAUACAACAUAUGAUGAUGAGGGUUGUAGUCAGGUAUAG